AUGUUCCAACAAGAAAGUUUUGAGACGGAUUCGACGGAGGUUGGCACACCCCGCAACUUCAAGGAUAAUGUGACGUUCACAAACAAUCUGUCCAAUUCCAGUUGUGUUUCAAUGGAUCUAGAGCCGUCUUGUUCGGUGGAGUCGGAGAAGAAACGGUAAAUUCGCGAUUUUGAUGACUUUAUCAGGUUUUGUCGGGAAAAUAAUGUGGAUUUGUCGCAAAAAAUUCUCACAGUCGCGGAUCAAGUUUCCAGCUUUCCGUCGGAAGGCAAUGAUAUUUCAAGGCGCGACAAAUCCACAUUAUUUUCCCGACAGACUAGUACCUCGCGACUUUCAGGACUUUUUGUCCCGAAAAUAUAAUAGUUUGGUAAAAAUCCAUACUUUUUUAAUUGUCAUUUUGUAGACUAUCAAUAUCCGAAGAAGCCAAGAAGAUCAAAGAAAAAGCCAACAGACUGAUCGUCCGAAUCCCGGCCGAACAGCUCCGAAAGAUCGCGAACACGACGGGCGUGAACUCGAUACGAACAGAAACACAACAUUUCGUUGGUGGUUUAUUUUAAAACAACUUUCUGAUAGCUUAUUUUGAAAUUUAUUUCGGGCAAUUUGAGGUAUCUUUUAGCUCCAAUUUUACCGCCAUAUACGAUAUAUCAUUCUGUCGGGAAAAUAAUGAGCACUCUGUCGCAUCGAAAAUCGCAUCGCCGCCGAGAAAACGAGUUGUGUCGCGGUAAAAUCAAUUUUUUUUAUUUCACAAGGGAAGUACCCCAAGUGCGACGCUCAGAUUUUCUUUAAAUUUUGCACACGCGUCGGGUAUAAACUAAAUAUCGAUUCCUGAAAGUUUUAGCUCGCACUUUGCAAGCGCCACCGAGAUAUAGAACUGUUCUUGUCGCCGAGAGAGUGCGCGAAACGCGGAGAGCGGUCAGAGAGAAAAGCGCUUUUUGGCCAUAACUUUGGCAGUUUCGUUCGGAAAAAUUUGAUUUUUUUGUAGAAACAUUAUCCUUUACGGUAGAAAUAGGUAUGAAACUUUUCGUGAGUUCGAUCCAAAAAUCUCGGUUGUUUCUGCAAAGCGCGAGCUAGGAUUCUCGCAUAUGCUUUACGAUUAGAAAAAAUUAUUCUAAAUUUGUGCCAAGUUUCAUCAAAAUCUGAGCGUCGCACUUGGGGUGCUUCCCCAGUCAGCGACAUUGUGCCCAUUAUUUUCCAGACAGACUGAUAUAUCGUAUUUUGGAUACUUUUUGAUACCUUAUUUGUGUAAGUUAAGUUUAAGCCCUUUUCCAACCAUUUUUCAGCUAAAAAUGUUCUAGUAUACUAGUCCGUAGAACCUAUUUUUGUCAUAUAUAGAUUGCUUACUCCGUAUUUUAGGAAUUGCCUCACUUCACGGCCCCAUUCGGAUCUACCGGAGCCAUGGGCAGGGACGGUUUUUCUGGGUGUUCGCAAUGUCCUUUUGCAUCAUCAUGAUGUGCUUACAGAUCUACAAACUCGUCACUUUGGCGUCGCAACAACCUAUUGUCUCACAGGUGAAAGAUUUUUCAUUUUGAAAAUUCAAAAAAAAAUUUUUUUGAAAAUUUUUUUCAGAUCUCUUUUCGCCUUCCCGAAGAAGGCCUACAGUACCCGCUGGUCACAAUCUGCAGCUUUAACUACGUCACUAAACAUUAUUUGAAUGGUAAAUUCAAUUUUAAAUUCAACAAAAAAAUUCGAAAAUUUUCAGCGUUUAUCAAAAAAUACAAUGUCUCCAAUGAACUCACUCGUUUCAUUCUGAUGACCAGUCUGGAGGUGCAGAGUCUACAGAAGAACGAGCAGGCUCAAAUUGCCGCAACUGAAGAGGAAUACCUCCAGUUUGUCAAUCGGACUCCAGAAUUUUCAUUGAACCGGUUUUUUCGCGAUGCGGCGUAAGUUUAGGUCUUGGAGCGGGCAAUACUUGCUCAGAUUUUCAUCAAAUUUUGCUUGAAUUACCAAACUGCUAUGCUUUUUCAAAAAUUCGCGUGGAAUUUCUUGUCGCGGGGCUUUCCGCACCGUGCAUUCACAAAUGGCUCAAAGUGGUCCGCGCACUGUGAAGAUGAGACAAAAUGAUGUGCUUAAGCGUAGCGCUAACUUUUGGGAACAUUUUGAAUCCAAGGUCAAAUUUAAUGAUCUUUGCAGCGACUGUGGAAAACAAGUGUGGCUAGGUCGUGAAAGGAAAUUUGUUUCCUCAAGACACCUUGGUCUGUUGCCAAAGAUCCUAUUUUCAAACAGGAGCACAUUUCGCCUCAUGCAAUGGGAAAAGGUUCAAAAUGCACUGUGGGGAAGAGAAAGACAACACUAAUAGACCUCUAAUCUAAUAGGCAUCAAAUCUCUAAUCUUCCCUUUUUUCCAUAGUCUUUUUCGAUUUCGUUGGGUAUCCCAGCUCCGAUUGUGAAGUGUAAACUAAAAUUUUCUUCUACUAGUCGCGACAUAAAGUCCUGACACAUUUGCACAGUGCAUUUUGUUUUUCUUUCGGACCCGUCGCGGCAAUUCGCCGUUUUUGCACUAGCGACAUGCACUUUCGCGCGAACUUGCCAAUUUUCUCGCGCGGCACCCGCGACAAAAUGUGUCAGGACUUUAUGUCGCGACGAGUAUUCCAAGCUCGUAAAUUUGAAAAAAACCCCAGAGCUUCAAGCCUUCAGCGAUCGCAAAACUUGUUAACCCACAUUAAAACUCCCACAUUUUAGCCCAUCUUGCAACGACACUCUUCGAAUUUGCACCUAUUCCUCCGAGGAAUUCAACUGUUGCGACUAUGCUAAGUCCAUCAUGACCGAUUUGGGGAACUGCUAUCAAAUUGACCUCGAUUAUUACGCCCGUUCCAAGGGGAUCACGCCUCAGCCUGGAGUGGGGAAUGGUCUUCAAGUUUACGCUGAUUUCCACUCCGACGAACAGCCAAACACAACCUACAAUGAUUUCAUGUCGAAUGUCGAGAACGGCUUCAGAUAUUUCAUCCAUUCAAGAGAUGCGGUGCCCUAUAUCAACAGCGAAGGAACGAGUGUUUCACCGGGACGGAAGGCUUUCUCAUCGGUGAGCCCGAAUCAUGUAAGUCGUUGAAUUUGAGGCAGAAAUACCUGUUUGCGAAUUGUAAGGGAGAUGUUUUGUGCGGUAAAUCUUGGCUAUACCUUACAGGGGAAGUACUCCAAGUGUGAUGCUCAGAUUUUGAUGAAACUUGGCACAAAUUUAGAAUAAUCUUUUCUAAGAUAUAUGCGAGAAUCCUAGCUCGUGCUUUGCAGAAACAACCGAGAUUUUUAGAUCGAAAGUCGGCCAAAAUCUAGGACUUUUUGCCGAAUUUCGGCACGAAAAGUUCCAUGCCUAUUUCUACCGUACAGGAUAAUGUUUCUACAAAAAAUCAAAUUUUUCCGCACGAAACUGCCAAAGUUAUGGCCAAAAAGCGUUUUCCUCUCUGACCGCUCCCCACGUUUAGCGUACUCUCUCGGCGGCAAAAAUCGUUUGAUAUCUCCGCGGCGCCCGCAAACAAUUUCACGAAAACCAAGGCAAAAACCGAAAAUUACAUCCGGAAAAGAGUUUCAUACAACGGUACAGUGUAAAGGUACAGCCCUCCAGAAUCACGGUAGAAAUAGUCAACCCUACAAAAAAAUAAAAAAACAGAGCAAAAAAUUGGUUCAAAAGCCGGAUGCCGUCUAGUAUAUACAGUAGCUGCCAAAAAACUGUCAAUUUUUUUGUUUUUUGUGUAACUCUGCUCAACGUGGAUGGAUUUAAGUGAAACAAGUACCAUCCUGUAGAGAAUUAUUGCUAUUAUCUAAUGGCGUAACAAUUGGGACGAUUUUACACCUUAGUGUGUAACAAUUGUCGAUGUAAAAUUUUUGGAAAGACAAAAAACUGUCAAUUUUUCCAAAAAAUUUUUACCGCUUGCAUACGCCGCAGCGAGUCAUGGGCUUAUAUAUUCCGAUUAUUAAAUAAAGUCCCACUGCACAUUACUGACCAUCAAAGGGAGCCAAGAAAAUUACUUUUAUACUCCUUUUGGUGGUCCCAAGUUCGAUAUCCCAAAACAUAACGUUUAAUGAAAAAUCGGUUUUUUGUUGGACUUAGCAGUAAGAGAAUGCCUUGCAGUAGAAGCUAGGCAACCUAAAAUUAUAACAAAACAAUGAUUGGGAACCGAAAUGUAAGUAUACGGACUCCACUUGAUAUUCAAGUUUCUCUGGCAAUCGAGUUUCUGUAGAAAUUUAGUUUUGUGGCCUCUGCCUUUGGCUCAGCUUGCUAGUGUCUUAUCAAGACGUGAUCACAGAUCUCCUAGAAGCAUUUUAUGGACAUUUGUAGGACGGCAAAACAGGUCACAUAAGAAUUACGGACGGUUAUGUGGUCGUUAGCAAAAAAAUUUUUUUGUGGAAAUUUGCAAGAAGGUUUACGACUUUAGCAAGACCUCAGAUAGAGUGAAAUUGUGUUAGAAAUAACAGGAAUAGCUGUAAAUCUAUGACACAAAAAUUUUUUCGUCCCUACACUGGGUUAUUUCUAUGGCAUGGAGAGUGCAAAUCAAGACACCAAUUCUUCUUCAAAAAUUCCAUUUUGGAGCCUAGUUAUUUUGCGCGUGAAGUUCGGGCCGGUGGCGGUAGUGGUUCUAAACUGUUUGUUAAUCACUUGAGUGCCUUCUAUGGCCUUGGAACUACCAUUAGAGGUAUCUACGAAAGCACCCAGGCUAAAGUUCCUAGGUACAUCUACUGCCGGAGAAACUUGAAUAUCAAGUGGACUCCGCAGACUUACAUUUUGGGUCAUAAUCAUUGUCUUACCAUAAUUGCAGGUUGUCUAGCUUCUACUGCAAGGCAUUCACUUACUGCUAAGUCCAACAAAAAAACCGAUUUUUCAUUAAACGUUAUGUUUUGGGAUAUCGAACUUGGGACCACCAAAAGGAGUAUAAAAGUAAUUUUCUUGGCUCCCUUUGAUGGUCAGUAAUGUGCAGUGGGACUUUAUUUAAUAAUCGGAAUAUAUAAGCCCAUGACUCGCUGCGGCGUAUGCAAGCGGUAAAAAUUUUUUGGAAAAAUUGACAGUUUUUUGUCUUUCCAAAAAUUUUACAUCGACAAUUGUUACACACUAAGGUGUAAAAUCGUCCCAAUUGUUACGCCAUUAGAUAAUAGCAAUAAUUCUCUACAGGAUGGUACUUGUUUCAUUUAAAUCCAUCCACGUUGAGCAGAGUUACACAAAAAACAAAAAAAUUGACAGUUUUUUGGCAGCUACUGUAUAUAUAUACAACAACAUAAUGAAGAAAUGCCGGUCAGAAUGAGGACCAAAUUCUUUCACGUUUCAUGCAAAUACUUGCCAAAAAUCCAUGAAAAAAUGAUGAUAAUGAUUUUCGAUGAAAUCAUGUUAAUUUUGGCAUUCUGUUGUUUUCGCGGCGGGACUCAAAUGUCACCCGGAUGGGAUAAGAAAGGCCUAAAAUACGGCGAAAAAAGAUGUUUACAAGAACAUUGAGGCUUUAUUUUUACAAAAAAAAAUCAAAAACACUUGUUUUGACAUGUUUUCAUCAAAAAUGUAUUAAAAAUUGUUUUAGUCAUCAAAUCUAGUAUAAUAUCGCGAUUUUUGCCGUUUUUUCGGAAAAAUUAAAGUGGAAGUUGUAGCCCAAUGUUUUCAUAAUCAAUUAACAGCCCUUAUAAACUGAAUUCAGUCUAGGAUUUUAUCGGAAAUCACGUAAAAAUUCGCUAAAAUUUCUCUUUUUUCAGUACAUCCUUCACCCCUCCGGGAAUCGAUGCUCUCAAGAUUGGGUCGAAGAGGAAAGAGACGAUAUCUUGACCACCCACAACUACUCCAGCUCCCUUUGCCAGGCCCAUUGUUUUGCCACGCAUUUGUUCGGUAAAUGCAAGUGCGUUCCGUUUUUGUAUUCGCUGAAUGGAAGUAAGUCAUCGCUAAAAAUGUGGCUUUUUUGCUUUUUCAUUUUUCAAUUUUCAGUGUAAGAUUUUUUCAGCAUACAACACCUGCUCCGUUGCUGAGAAUUACAAUUGUUUGAAGACCAUUUUUGAUGUUGACCCAUCUUCCGAUUGUAAGUUUUUUUUUCGUUUUUUGGAGGGGUAGUCCAAAUUUGGGUUUUUGAUUUUUCUGAAAAUUUGUUGUAAAUUUAGUUUAUACGUUUUUAAGGUAUAAUUGAAAGUUUCAGCUUGCGAUUUGCCCUAAAAAUCGAGAUUUUUUGUUUUUUUUUGAUCGGAACUUGAAAAAAAUUUUUUCAAAAAUUGCGAUUUUGGACUUCGAAAAAAUCAGUGUUUGUUACAUUUGGGGAGUAAAAUAUUUCCCCAAAAAAUCAAAUUUUUCCGAAUGAAAUUGGAGAAAAUAUAGCCGAAAAGCAUUUUUCUCUAGACUCUCCUUAUUUUCCGUGCUCUCUCGAAAAAACAUUUCGUAAUAUAAUAUCUCGGCUGUAAGUGCAACGAAAAAGCUAAAACUUUCAUAAAUAAUUAUGUGGCCAAAAUAAAGUUCGAAUGCCAGAUAAAAGAAUUAAAAGCUCCAUUUUUAAUGGUACUAUCAGUUUUUAAAAUUUCCGAAAAACUAAAAAUUUCAAAAUUUCAGCCGAGGACAUUCUAAAAAAGAUCGCGCCUGACUGCUCUCGAUGUCGAAUGGAGUGUGAUCGUUGGGAUUAUCAAGUGUACACCUCGUACAGCGAUGGGUUUUCGAGGGCGGUGGCGGCGUAUUUGAAGAAGCAUGAGAAGAUUCGGGAUACAAAGUUGAAGUAAGGGCUAGCAAUUUACAAAUAUGUGUUAGAGAAAUCUUUUCUAACAGGGGAAGUACUCCAAGUGCGGCGCUCAAAUUUUGAUGAAACUUGGCACAAAUUUAGAACAAAUUUUUCUAAGAUAUAUGCGAGAAUCCUAGCUCGCGCUUUGCAGAAACAACCGAGAUUUUUAGAUCGAAAGUCGGCGAAAAUUUUGGACUUUUUGCCGAAUUUCGGCACGAAAAGUUUCAUGCCUAUUUCUACCGUAAAGGAUAAUGUUUCUACAAAAAAUCAAAUUUUUCCGCACGAAACUGCCAAAGUUAUAGCCAAAAAGCGUUUUUCUCUCUGACCUCUCUCCACGUUUAGCGUGCUCUCUCGGCGGCAUAAAUCGUCCGAUAUCUCGGCGGCGCCUGCAAAGCGCGAGCUAAAACUUUCAGGAAUUGAUAUUUAGUCUAUUCCCGACGUGUGUGCAAAAUUUAAAGAAAAUCUGAGCGUCGCACUUGGGGUACUUCUCCUGUAAAUUUGGGCUAAAUUUAAAUUAAAUUUGGAAAAAAAUUGGGUAUUAUUAUUUUUUUGAUUUUUUUUUUGAAUUUCUGGGGCCUGUCCCACUAACAAAGCGUAGCGCGAAUCACGAAUUGGAAGCGCGAAAAAUCAUGCAAAAGCGAGAGAGGUGAGAGAAAAAGCGGGCUCUCUCGGAAAUCCGCGCUACGGUUUUUUUGUGCUAACGAAAUACCGAAAUUUUUUUACUUUUUUUGCCGUAACUCCUUCCAGUGAUGUCGGAUUUACAUGAUUUUAAAAACUGUGAACAGAGGAGAUCCACAGCUUCUAGAAAAUGUAAAUUUUGUUUGUUUUAACGCCGAUUAAGGCUCCCCGCCAAGACGAAUUACAAUUUUCUCAUGGAAAAUCAUGAUUCGAAGUCAUAUUUUCAAAAAAAACUUACCCUUAGCUAUUUAUCGUAACUCCCAAAGCUUAUAUGUGAAUUUAUCAACCCGAGCUGCCCCUCCCAAGCCCAAUUUUUGGUCUCCCCUUGCCAUAUGACAGCAACUUUUUUGUUAUAAAACGAAUGAUGAUAAGGGUUGACUAAAACUGGGUGUAAGAGGGGUAGUUUGGCUUGAAUAGUUUGUUUCAACGUCUCUGAGGGAUGAGUGGAGAAUUUAUCCAUAAUUUUUUUUUGAAACAAACAUUUUUGUCACCUAGCAAAUUAUGACAAGAGGAGACCAAACAUUGGGCUUGGGAGGGGCAAGGGGCAACUCGGGUUGAUAAAUUUGCAUAUGAGCUGUGGAAGUUGCGAUAAAUAGCUAAGGAUAAGUUUUUUUGAAAAUAUGACUUCGAAUCAUGAUUUUCCAUGAGGAAAUUGUAAUUCGUCAUGGCGGGGAGCCUUAAUCCGCGUUAAAGCAAACAAAAUUUUCAUUUUCUAGAAGCUGUAGGUCUCCUCUGUUCGUGGUUUUUAAAAUCAUGUAAAUUGGACGUCAUUGAAAGGAGUUAUGGCCAAAAAAGUGAAACAUUUGUCGGUAUUUAGCACAAAAAACCGUAGCGCGGAUUUCCGAGAGAGCCCGCUUUUUCUCUCACCUCUCUCGCUUUUGCAUGAUUUUUCGCGCUUCCAAUUCGUGAUUCGCGCUACGCUUUGUUAGUGGGACAAGCCCCUGAUUUUUUAAAAUUUCCCAAAAACUUCAAUUUUUUAAAAAUUCCCGAAAAAUUCCAUUUUUCAGGAAAGAUUUCGUUGGGAUUGCCGUAUUCUUCCGUGAGAUCUCCUUCACCGAAUACGAGCAAGUCGAGCGCACCUCCCUCAGCGAAAUCCUCUCCGACAUUGGCGGAAAUAUGGGUCUGUUUUUGGGGAUGAGUGUGCUGAGUGUGAUCGAGAUCAUCAUUUAUUUGGUCAAGGUUUCGUGGCUUUUUGUCAGCUCGAAACGACGGGCUCAUAUGGCCACAAAAGGAGAGAAACAGCUGCAGCGACAGAAGCGAAUUGAAGAGACGUUGGAUGAGAUCGCGAAUUCGGAGGACCAAGAGACGAGGAGUACGGUGGCGGCGAGGCUGAAGAGAUUGGCGGGGAGCAUUAAGAGGAAGACGGCGGCGGUCUGGCAUCCGUACGGGCUGGAGAGUGAGAAGGUAGGGAGGGGAAAAUCUUUUCUGUUUUACGGGGGAAGUACUCCAAGUGCGACGCUCAGAUUUGGAUGAAACUUGGCACAAAUUUAGAAUAAUUUUUUCUAAAAUAUAUGCGAGAAUCCUAGGUCGCGCUUUGCUGAAACAACCGAGAUUUUUAGAUCGAAAGUCGGCCAAAAUUUAGGACUUUUUGCCGAAUUUUGGCACGAAAAGUUUCAUACCUAUUUCUACCGUAAAGGAUAAUGUUUCUACAAAAAAUCAAACUUUUCCGCACGAAACUGCCCAAGUUAUGGCCAAAAAGCGUUUUUCUCUCUGAUCGCUCUCCACAUUUAGCGUGCUCUUUCGGCGGCAAAAAUCGUUCAAUAUCUCGGUGGCGCCCGCAAAGCGCGAGCUAAAACUUUCAGGAAUUGAUAUUUAGCCCAUUCCUGACGUGUGUGCAAAAUUUAAAGAAAAUCUGAGCGUCGCACUUGGGGUACUUCCCCUGUUAUUCAAUUAUUUUUUUAAGAAAAGUACUUCUAUGGGGUAUGAAGUUAAAGAUGACAUACCUCAAAAAUUGCAAAAUUUUUCUGAUUCAGAAUAUGCAAAAAUUAGCUGACCCAUAUUGGUUUGUAAGGGUGAAAAAAUCAUCAGAACUUUUAUCGCAACACCACGCAAAUGCCGCCUCUUUUUUACAUUGGAACGACUAAUUAUGGUGUAGCAUUUUAAUAUAAUAAUUGAUAUCAAAUUUGCUAUUUCAAGGCUUGUCAAGAUGCCAGGGUUUACCUUACCUCAAAAACAAGCUUCUGAUUUGGUAAAAACUUGUUCAAAAAAGGGGCAUUUGUGUGGUGUUCCCAGAAAAUUUCUUGUGAGGAUUUUUUCACCCUUACAAAACAAAAUUGGCAGCAAAUUUUUACAUAUUCCUGAUCAGAAAAAUUUUGCGAUUUUUUGACAUAUGUCUCGACCUGCAACUCCAUAUCCCAUAGAGGUACUCUCCCUGUAAAAUAGAAAUUUUCAAUUUUCAGGAAGUCGGUCCAGACGACGAUCCCAAGCUCAGCACGGUCACUCAAUCCCCAUCCAGCUACUAUUUGGACAACAUUGUCGCCGAGCGCACGAUGGGAAUGGGAAAAGCGAUCCGACCCAACGAAAUCGUCGAGCUGGAACUGGACUUGGGCAGUGAUUCGGACUCGGUGAAGAACUUGGACAAGCGGAAAAAGAGCAAAAUCGGGCGAAGUCAUACGGCGCGCCCGAAAAUCUCGACAAUUUUUGCGGCCAGAACAAUAAUCGGCGAGGAUAAUGCGGCUUUCGAGGAGGAACAACGUCCUGGAAUCGUGCGACAGCGGUCGCAGAGCUACAUUUAUCCGGAGAGAGAGAAAAAAUAA